GGAAGAAAAUAUGACCAAGAUAUGGUCUUUCCAUCAGACUAUCAUAUCCCUGAAUUACGUGGUGAAGCUAAAGGAUUAAAAGAAGUUCUAAAGGAGAGAGGGUUGUGGCCAGAAGAAGAAUUAAGGUUAAAAGAAGCACAAGAAUUAAUAAGUCAACAACCAGACUUUCUAGCCCAAAAAGGACAGUUGGAAGAAAUCAUC